CCGUAGCUGAAAAACGUAAGCUUGGGUAGUACGUCUGUGUUAGUACAUGCCCGUAGACGAAAGUUAUUCACACACGCUAUUCAUCGGCUUGUGCUCCUCCAUUACGUACAUAACGUGAAACGUAAAACGCUACAUACUGGUCUAUACGUGUGUCGUGCAGGUGUAUAUAUAAGCAGAGUUGCGCACGUCGUAUACGAGCAUCAAAACAUUGUUUCGGCGCAGAGGUGAUAUCGUAUUUCGAAACAAGUAAGUUCGAACAGAGAACGGCUGGCGUGUGGAGUUUCGUCGUGGAUCAGCAGGAUGAUGAAUGUUGACAAGAAGACAGGUGAUUCAUUGACAUCGGGAUUCACCGCUAAAUAAGAUUUCGGACGAGAGAUCGGAAGAAAUCAAGGAAAGGGCGAAUUUGAGUGCCACUGCACAAGCGCGAAUAAGAGAGAGAGGAUCAAAGAAGGAUAGAGUGAGAGAGCGAUAGGACGCUAGGUACGGUGCUACGGUGGUAGUGAAUGGAACGCGGCCCCCACGGGUGAGCGUAGUACGACGCUCUACGGGCUAGCGUUGCACCAAUGACCAGCCGGGACGGGCGAUCACGUGACGUGCGUGCCGAGGCAGCAGCAGCAGAACAUUGCAAAUGACAAGACGCGUAGGGCAUUGUCGUCGCGCCGUCGCUACCACUGUUCCUGUCGUAGUUGCUAGUGAAUUCGUUGCGCCGCCGUCGUCGUCGUCGUCGCCGCUACCAUUAUCGUUGAUGAGAUCUCGCCCGCCACCGACAAGGCGAGCAUUCUAAAACGAUAUUGAAAAUCUGUCCUCGAUACUGUCGGCACUGCUGCUGCUGCUGCUGCUGCUGUCGCCGCGUGUGCGCGACAAAGUCGCGGGUGCUCGGAGGCCUCGUGCCCUGAACGGUGCCCGCGGCGCCCCGUCCUUAGUCGAACAUACUCGAAAUACAGUGUACCGUCAAACGCACCAGCAUCGACGGCCGGAGCGCCAGCUGCCUAUAUGACAAAAUGUCGGGGUCACAGCGAAUGCGAAAGUCCUCGCCAUGCUCGACGUCGAAGCAAGGCCCAAUGCGCGCGACUCUACCCGUGAGCUCGUUACUACGACAAGGCCGGCAGGGUAGCAGUCUUAGGAAGAGCAACAGCAACAGUCCCACUGUAUCGCCGACGAACGCGAGUGCGUGGCGGGCCCGCAUCUCGCCGGAGACCUCUUCCUCGGGACAACGAAGCCCUGGUUCCCUUUCUUACAAAGCAAAAUCAAAAACAUUAAGUGGAAGAUGCAGCGAAAGUUUAAGUGGAAACCAAAAUAUUCGAAGGACAGCAUCACUAGAUACAAUCUAUUUGAAAGGACAAUGGCCUCGUGAUUCGUAUUACAUUCAUUCUAGUCUUCUAUUGGUUGAUAAAUCUACACAGACAGAAGAAUGGUCCAAUGAACCAAGAAAAUUGCAUACUCGCCAUCCUACAGAGCAAAGUACCACAGAUGAAAAAUUGGUAUUUUUCAGGCAUCGGUUGCAACGUACAAAUAAAGAAGGUACCAGCAGUAGAGAACGAACAGCAGCAUUUGGACUUAUAAUGCCAGGUGGACCACCACCAGCUUUCCCUGCAGAUCAUACAGUUUUACCUAGCAUUGCCUCACAAACGUCUAUACACAAUCAAUUUAGUUUGAGUACAAAGGCAAGUCCUAUGAAUAUCCCUGUGAAACCAAUGAGGCCUCCUAUGCGUUCUUCUAUUGAAGGACUAAAUCAAGAAAUUGAAGGAUUGGUUCUAAAAUCUACAACUAACCCUAGUGAUCCUGAUCAUCCAGUGGAAGACAAAUAUGCACGAUAUCGUGAACAAAUUACACCGGAAGGCCAUCGUGCCCCAUUGGCAGAUCUACUGAGGGCUACUCGCAGUGUGAAUACACAAACACCAGCUACUGACCUUCCCUCCAGUUCUUAUUCUUCAGGCCCUCCAUCUAGGAAUUCUGAGUCUCCGCUGAUUCCUGGUCUUAUGGAUGCGUCCCGUCCGCCUAGCGAUCUCUUACAAGGUGGAAGUCGUGGUUCAACUCCUGAACAAGAUAGAGAAGGACGUCUUGGCACCUCUCCUCACAUUAAUAGGUUCCUUGCAAGAGAACCACCUGAUGGCUGUGAGAAAGUCAAUCUCAAAUUUGUAGAGGAUGCCAGGCGACCUAUGAUAGACUUGAGCAAACUAGACUAUUGCCCAAAGCCGUGUGUAGCAUUCCAGUUAAAACCUAGCUUGGGAUCAGCGUUCCUGCCAUUACAACAGCCAGCCAGUCCAACAAUGGUUGCCAGUACGUCUCCUUCACGUACAACACCAACUACACCUCCUCCAAAUCCAUAGUCCUGCUCUUUACCUUACAGAAUAAUGUUCACAAACCCAAUUGGUACAUAUAUAUAUAUAUUUUUUUUGAAUGACUUCAUGGGUAGAAAGUGGUUUACUUUGAUAUGAAAGCAUAUACCAACAAAGAAAAGUUACCGAAAAAGCAGCCUGUUUCCAGUGCGACCCAACGUUCGGGCAUCGUGAAUGUGUAAUUAAAAAGUUAUAUUUGCAUUGAUAUAAAAUAUUGAAAGCAUCUGAGCUCCGUUAAUGUUUCAAACAAUAAUAAAUACGAGGAACAAUAAUUUGUGAUAACUAAAAAAACGACAUUUAGGAAUGAACAUUGUGUUCUACAGGGAGAAAGACUAAUAAAAAUUGUGUAUUCUAAAUUUAGUGCUAAAAUGUGCUAAACAACUUUAGUUUUGUAUACAGGGAUAAAUAUUCAAAUGUCAAAGAGUAUUAAAUUUGAUUGUUGGAAAAAGCAAAAUUAUACAGAUACAGAAUGGGUACAUGUGCCUGGAUAUGUACAUCGGUACUCCUUUAUAAAUUUUUCAUUAGAUCUUUGUAAUUGAAAUGAUUCAAUUGCAUACUGAAACAAAUUCAUUAGAAUUUUUUGUAUUGUUUUGUAUUAUUACUUAUAUGCUGAAAAUAUCCAAAUUAUUAUUUAUACGAGGAGCUCGAAAAUAGUGUAUCCCUAUGGUACAUUAUUUUUUAGAAUUAUAUUCUUUUAGAAUUAUUCACGUACAUUCUUUACUCUUUUUUUUUUUUUAAGGUCGCGUAUGUAAGAUAAAGGCAUAAAUUAAUUGUCAUGAUAGUUUAUUUUGUAUUACGUGUAGUUUUGCAUAGCUUUUUUUUGUAGUAAUAUCUCUUAGGUGAUAAGUUUCUAUUUUUAAACUAAAUAAGCACUUUGUUCAAUUAUAGUGUUCAGUGUCAUGAAAUAAUUUAUGAAAAUUAAUUGGAAAAAUAUAUUCUAUUCUUUAAUAACUAUAUUACCAUAGGGCUACAAAAUUUUUUGUUUAAUUUGCGUUAUAUUAGUUUGCUAUCUGAAUAUGUACAACCAAUACAGCAUGCAAUGACAGGUUGACGGAUGUAUGAUAGAAUGAACCUAAUGAUAUAAGGUGGAAAUGUAAUGAGUAAAAAUGACGAGUGGUAAAAUUAAACAUUGAUUGAAGUAACAAAUAACGAUAUGUGCUUUAGCCAUAGCCAGAUGUGCAUACAAAUGGCUCCCUAACUUGGCACAGUAUGGGUGUGCGUGUAGGGUUUUGUAUAAACGUAGAUCAUAAUGAAAAAAUUUAUAAUCUGCGUUCUAUACAAAUAACAGUAUGCAUGUGUUGUAAUAUCAGAAUCCUGAUUAAACCAUCCACGAAUAACGCUGAAACUUAUCAUAUUAUCUAAUAUUGUAUGAAUAUUAUAAGUAUUCGGAGUACUCUGAAAUUUAAUUAUUUAAAUUUAUAGUAGUAUUUGUGUGUGUAUGUGUGUAUAUUUUAAAUAUAUUUUUAAUAAUUAGCAAUUAUUCAUUUCUCUAUUAAAUGUUUUUACAAUAAGAAUAAUCAAAGAAAUAUCAAAUAUUGUUAUAAAUAUCUUUGUAUAACAAACUAUUCACUCUAUAUAAAGAAAAAAUCAAGAGUUGUUCGUGCGAUGGUUUAACUUAUUAUUUAGUAUAUGCAGACAUAGCCACUCAAGAAGUUCAAUUUAUUUUUUGCUUUCUAAUGCAGAACGUUUUGCAAACGAUUUUAUAGUUAUGGUCUGAGGAAUAAGGAUCUUAAUAAAAUAUAAGAUCGAGAGCAGGGAAGAACAGUUUUUUAAAUACAAUAGUAAUAUACUUUCUAAUAUUAUAUUGUAUCUAGCUACAACAGUGAAGAAUGUUAACACAUAAAGUACCUGGCACACUGGUCUAUGCUCUCUUUUAUCCAGCUCACUAGAAAGUUCAUGCCUUAGAAUGCGUGGCAAAGUGUGCUAAAUAGACAGGAAGGUUAAUGAGAGAGUCAGGAUAAUAUACAAGAUGCACUGGCUAGUUAACAAGUAAUACAAUACAAACUAAUCUGCUAUCUACUAGCUUAAGAAGAUUUUCUUUUAUUUAUUUUCGCUAUGGACCUAACGACAUCUAUCCCACUGCUAUAAGAAUGCAUGAAUGUAAAUGUUAAAUUUGCAGGCGCUCUAAAAAAAGAAAACAAAAUUUAUCGACGUAUUUCGUCUAUUUCAUCUAUUGGCAUAUUUUCACUUAAACAAAGGAGAAGAAAAAAUGUUUUAACGUAAAUACAUUGUAUUAAUCGUAGUAAAUAAAGUUUCAUACUUUUAUUAAUAAGCAGAGAAAGAAAUUAUUUUAGGAAAAAGCUAGCCUUAUUAUUUUUGACUACACUCAUGAGGCUCCACUUUUUAACCUUCAUGUACUUGUAUGAUGUGUUAUCAUUAUUGUUAGCUUUUGUUGUCAAUUUCACAAACAGAAGAAUGUGUGUAAAGACUGCUAAACUAAAGAUUACUUGUUAUUUGGAUAUACCUAAAUUUAAAGUUAAAUAAAAUUAGGCUCAAAUUUCUCCGAUUACCUAUGAAACAAUAUAGGUAUUUAAUUUGUUAACUAAAUGAUCCUUAUGUGACUACUGUUCGGUACAUUCUCUUUACAUAUCUAAAUCUGAGCAGGCUUCAGAAUGGCAAAAUGAUUAUGUCAAUUACAAAUUUAUUUAUCCCUAGGACUGUUCAGACGUAUCGUUGUAGUAUAAUAACAAAACAAUAAACUAACAAAAUAAUAAAAAAGAACAUAAUGAUUGUAACUUGUAAGAUACUCAAAAUUAUGUAAAUUUUUUAACAUGUGAAACUUGUAAAAGUAUACUCUGAGAAUUUUAUAUAUUUGGUAAAGGUAAAUGCAGCUUUUAUUCAUUGCUUUUUAAUAAAUAUGUAGAAUAUUAUUUAUGGUUUUUUAUUCUAUGUAGAGAAAUACAAAGCCUUCAUUACGUAAUGUUUUCUCAUAAAAGAAAGUUUUCAUAUAUACACAUUUUUGGAGAGAUUAUUUAGAAUUUCAUGAGAGUAUUUAGAACAUUGUCAUCAAUUUUAAAAAAUUAAAUUUUAUAUUUUAAUUUGUACGUUAUAAAGAUUCAUUAUAAACAUCGUCUGUCUUUUCAAUUCAGUUACACAACGUAACAUCGUUUUUUAGUAAAUGUAGUUUUGUAAAAUAAUUUUUUUUUUUUUGUAUGAAGAGUGUCUUACAAUGCAAAAUCAUGAACAUAGAAGUUAACAACGGUACAUCGAAAAUUAAUAAUUUAUACAUAAGGAUCUAUCCACCUUCUACUCUGUCCUAGGGCUAAAUCAAAAUUAGUCAGCGAAGAGAGAGAGUGAAUGUAAAUAAUAAUUUAAAGCCGUUUACGAUGAAAUCUUUGUACGGAACGUAGUGACUAAGGCCAACGAAUUCUGUAUUUUUCGUGCGUCUCGCGAAAGUUCGUUGAACGAAAAAAACUUGUGGAUCAAUGCGAACUUUAAAAAAAAUAUGUGUAUAAAAGAAAUUACCAUAAUAUGAGCUGUCCAUAGUCAACAGAGAUUAGACUCCUUUUCCGAACGGCACAAUGCAAUUGUCAAAAUCAUAGUAAAUAU